UAGCAUUGUGCCAAAGUUUGUUAGGAUGGGGUUCUUGCAACGUGUGUUAGUGUUGGUUGUGAUUGUGGCUUUUGAUCUGAAGAGUGCAUUGGGAAGUUUGAAACACCGUCAAAGUCCAAGCAGCAGAAAGCCACAAUCAGCUUCAGCUUCAGCUUCAGCUUCCAGAGUUCCUGAUCUUUCUUCUCAAGGGUUCUUGAAUCCUUUCCAAAAGGCUUCUCAGCUUCCCAGUCUUGACUACAGAACAUUUGCGCAAGACCCUCUUGGUCUUCAGGAGAAGCAGCUGUUGCAGGGUCCAGUCAAGCCUUUGUCCUGGAAGUUUCCCGUUGUUCCAGAGGUGCAACGUGAGUUGGCGGUGAACUUCCAGUUGAGGAAACCUGUGACUCCCAGUAGUGUGGCUGUUCAAUGCAGUGAGGACUGGGUUCAUGUGGAGGUGAAGAAGGAUAUGUUCGGCAAUGGUCAGCUGAUCCAACCAUCUGGUUUGUCUAUGGGAGGCUGUGCUGUUGUUGGUGAGGACUCUGCCUCUGGGGUGCUCAUCCUUGAAUAUGCACUACAGGACUGCAAUAGUGUGCUGAUGAUGACUGCGGAUGAGCUAGUCUACACCUUUGCUCUUACCUACACCCCUGUGGCGUUUGCUGGCACGCCGAUUACCCGUACUGAGGGUGCAGUUGUUGGCGUUCAAUGCCACUAUCAAAGGCUCCAUAAUGUGAGCAGUAAUGCUUUGAGGCCAACUUGGGUUCCUUAUGCUUCAACGGAGGUUGCUGAAGACGUCUUGGUGUUCUCCAUGAACCUCAUGAUGGAUGACUGGGCCAAUCAGAGGCCUUCAAAUUUGUACUACUUGGGUGACAUUAUUAAUAUUGAAGCAUCUGUGAAGGUGUACAACCACGUCCCCCUGCGUGUGUUUGUGGACCGCUGUGUGGCCACCCAAGUACCUGAUGUGACUUCUGUUCCGAGAUAUUCCCUCAUUGAGAACCAUGGGUGCCUUGUGGAUGCCAAGGCUACGGCUUCCAGCUCCCACUUCUUGCCUCGGACCCAUGAAGACAAGAUCCGGUUCCAGCUGGAGGCUUUCAUGUUCCAGGGAGGAUCCAGUCCUUCUAUCUACAUAACGUGUACCGUGAAGGCCACUCUUGCUUCUGCACCCAGUGACGCUCUCCACAAAUCCUGUUCCUUUUCCAACGGAUAUGUUCAUGCUGCUUAAGAACACGAUGAAGCUGCCGCGUCUGAUUGUUGUUGUUGCAGGUGGCUUUCUGCUGAUGGGAACCACCAGGUUUGUGCUUGCUGUGACUCAACUUGUGGCCCUGAAGGGGGACGUGAUGCUCCUAUUGGGGUAGGUGUUCAGUGGGAAGGCAAGGCCUCCCUCGGUCCUGUAAUGGUUCAAGGGCGACAGAAGACUCUAGCUGGGCUUCAAUAAAUGGGGACAACCCUAUUGCGUCCAAUAAACCAAAAACCGUG